UUCCGGCAGGAGCUGGCCUGGCGGCAGCAGGAGCCGUCGGAGCGGCGCCUGAGCUUCGUGCCGCGGCGCUUCCCGAGCCUGCGCGCCGUGCCCGCCUACCCGCGCUUCAUCCACGAGCGCUUCGAGCGCUGCCUCGACCUCUACCUCUGCCCCCGCCAGCGCAGGAUGCGGGUCAACGUGGAUCCUGAGGAUCUCAUUCCCAAACUGCCCAGGCCGAGGGAUCUGCAGCCCUUCCCCACCACCCAGGCCCUGCUGGUGAUGCAGGUGACGUGGCACGGCCAGGGCGAUUCCUGUGCCCCGGUGGUGAUCCAGAGGCCGGUGACGCAGGUGACGUGGCACAGCCAGGGCGAUUCCUGUGCCCCAGCAAUGAUCCAGAGAGUCAGGAUUUCGGGAUCUCACCCAGAUCCCAUUCCCAAUCCCAUUUCCAUUCCGUUCCAGCCGGUGAUGCAGGUGACGUGGCACGGCAAGGGCGAUUACUGGGCCUCGGUGGUGCGGAACCCCGGCAGCCGGCAGGUGCUGAUCCACCAGAGCAGCCGGCGCUGGAGCCAGGAUCCCUUCCGGAAGAGCCCGGGGAUGAUCCAGUGCGUGCAGUUCCACCCGCUCCGGCCCUACUUCCUGGUGGCUUCCCAGCGCUCCGUGCGCAUCUACAACCUGCUGCGCCAGGAGCUCACCAAGAAACUCCAGAGCAACUGCCAGUGGAUCUCCAGCAUGGCCGUGCACCCCGGAGGUGCGGGAUCUGCCCGGGAACGCCGGGAUCUGCCAGAUCCGAGCUCCUGCAAAGGGAUGGGAUGUGCUCCCCCUCGCGGUGUUCCCCGCGGUGACGGCGGCUGUGUGUCCCGCAGGCACCACGGCCGCGCCGUGCGCUCGGUGGCGUUCCACCGGCGCUACCCGCUCUUCGCCUCCGGCUCCGACGACGGCUCCGUCAUCGUCUGCCACGGCAUGGUCUACAAUGACCUGCUGCAGAACGCGCUGCUGGUGCCGCUCAAGGUGCUCAAGGGCCACGCGCCCGCCCUGGACCUCGGCGUGCUCGACGUCGCCUUCCACCCCCAGCAGCCCUGGCUCUUCUCCUCCGGCGCCGACGGCACCGUGCGCCUCUUCACCUGACCCGGGAUCCACUGGGAUCCACUGGGAUCCAUCGGGAUCCAUCCCGGGAUCCAUGCCAGGAUCCACGCUGAUAUCCACACAGGAAUCCACCCCCAGCAGCCCUGGCUCUUCUCCUCCGGCGCCGACGGCACCGUGCGCCUCUUCACCUGACCCGGAUCCACCUGGGAUCCACACCGGGAUCCAUCCUGGGAUCCACACCCAGAUCCGCAGGGAUCCACCCCCAGCAGCCCUGGCUCUUCUCCUCCGGCGCCGACGGCACCGUGCGCCUCUUCACCUGACCCGGGAUCCACCUGGGAUCCAUCCCGGGAUCCACACCCGGGAUCCACACCGGGAUCUGCAGGGAUCCACACCCAGAACCUGACCCGGGAUCCACCCUGGGAUCCACCCUGGGAUCCCUGGCUCUUCUCCGAGGGCACUGUGUGACUCUACACCUGAAAUUCCCAGCGGGAUCCAACCGGAUCCGCUGCCUUCGGAAUUCCCAGCGCUCAAUAAAGGCUUUUUUUGGAUACGAUCCUGAUCUCCGUGUGCUGAAUU